AGACUUUCAGGGUUUAUGUUGUCACUUUGUACCAUUUUCAAUUCUGUCUUUAGCUGUCUUAACUAAGGGAAGAUGGGGGUCUUUUGCAGUUUCUUUCAGAUUAAGGGUCAGGGGUUCUAAUUAUUUGAAGGAACUAAGAAGGUGUGAUGAUGGGGACAUAUGGGGAGUAGAACAGUGAGGCCUGAUGCAGAUGUUGAGAACAAAGUAUCCAGUGUGAUGCUGAGCUUUGAUCGGCAGUUAGUUGUUAACAAUACCCUUGGCACAGAAGGAAGCACAAUACAUCCAUUCUGCAUUUCUGAUUUUGGAGCAUUUGAGCAAUAUGUUGGAUUUCACGUAGAGGAAGCAGUUAACUUAAGUGCAGGUGCUGUGUUUAAUUCAACAAAAGUGGGUGACCAUACAGUUUGUUGUGAUCCCCUCAACAUUGGCAUUUUUGAUAAGACACCAAAUUCAUUCACUGUCAACCCAUCAGCUAGUCCAGUCAAGUCUCAGAGAUUGGCUUUAGAAAAGGGCCAACAAUCAAAUCUUUUCUCUAUAUCUAGCCGUAAUACAGAGAACUGGGGUGAGACCAACAUGGCUGAUGCCAGUCCUAGGACUGAUAUCUCAACAGAUGCAGAUACAGACGAUAAAAAUCAAAGGUUUGAAAGAGGGAAAUCCAAUGCAAUUGUGGCUUCUGAUUCCAGUGACAGAUCAAAGGAUAAAUUGGAUCAAAAGACCCUUCGCAGGCUUGCUCAAAAUCGUGAGGCUGCAAGAAAGAGCAGAUUGAGAAAGAAAGCAUAUGUCCAACAGCUCGAGACUAGCCGUUUGAAGCUGACACAGUUGGAGCAGGAGCUCCAGCGUGCUCGACAGCAGGGUAUCUUCAUAUCAAGUUCUGGAGAUCAAAGCCAUUCGACAGGUGGAAAUGGGGCCAUGGCAUUUGAUGUAGAAUAUUCAAGGUGGCUAGAAGAGCAAAAUAGACAAAUUAAUGAGCUGAGAGCAGCUGUAAAUUCCCAUGCAAGUGAUGCAGAACUUCGUUUAAUUGUUGAUGGUGUAAUGGCUCACUACGAAGAAAUUUUCAGGCUGAAGAGUAAUGCAGCCAAGGCAGAUGUUUUCCAUUUAUUGUCGGGCAUGUGGAAAACACCUGCUGAGAGAUGUUUUUUGUGGCUUGGUGGCUUCCGUUCAUCCGAGCUUCUAAAGCUUCUUGUGAAUCAAUUGGAGCCUCUAACAGAGCAGCAGAUAGUUGGAAUUACCAACUUGCAGCAAUCCUCCCAGCAGGCUGAAGAUGCAUUAUCACAAGGGAUGGAAGCAUUGCAGCUGUCUUUGGCUGAGACAUUAUCCAGUGGAUCUUUAGGUUCUUCAGGAUCAUCUGAGAAUAUGGCAAAUUACAUGGGCCAAAUGGCCAUGGCCAUGGGAAAGCUAGGAACUCUUGAGGGGUUUAUUCGCCAGGCUGACAAUCUACGACAACAAACAUUGCAACAAAUGCACCGGAUAUUGACAACACGGCAGUCAGCUCGUGCACUGCUUGCAAUUCAUGACUAUUUCUCACGGUUACGAGCCCUUAGUUCCCUUUGGCUUGCCCGACCAAGAGAAUGAGAUGCUACUUUAGAUGUUACCAGCCUGAUAUGUGAAUUAAAGGAUUGUGCUGGGAAAUUUCAGAGCCUGAAUGUUUUAUCAUUUCCCAGAACCAGUAACACCUUUCCUGCAGUUAGUAAAAAGAAACAUGUCUUUUUUUUCUUCUUUGUUUCUUUUUUGGGUUUCUCAUGUUGUAAUCUAAGUGUUCGUCUGCAUUUGCAGUGCCUAGGAUUUUAGAAAUUUAUGCAAAAACUAAUUUGUAUUUAUAUUAUUUGUUAUUCAUAUUUUGAUUGCUGCCAUUAUCAUCAACAUUAGGUACUGCACCUGAAACAUGUUGCUGCUGUUAUAACAGAUUUAUCGAGAUGGAAUUUUAACAUUGA